GUGUCAAAGCUUCAUUUCAACCAAACCACAGAGAUGUUUCUGCCUUUUUUGAGGAAGUUUGCUCUAGGCUAUUGCGGAAGAAGAGUUUACCGUGCUUUACAACCAACACUCCCUCAUUUCUUUAAGUAGCUGCUUCUUUCUGUACCUUCUUUACGUCAAGGAUUUGUGGUUUAGUUUAAACUUGGUUUCAUCGGUUAGAGCACGUGUUUGCAGCUCCUGGAGCCAGAAAAAUGAGUGACCAGAGGAGAAAAGCUUUGAAGACAAUCGUCCAGCUGAUCAGUCAUUUUCUGUGGGCAGUGGGGCUGGUGGUGGGCCUUAGCGGUGUAUACCUGCUGUUGAACUACAGGCAGAGCAGCUUAUUUUUUUCACACACCUACAUCAUCCUCCCAGCUGUCCUCUCUCUCUGCAGCGCUGUGCUCCUUGUCGUCAGCGGCUGCAUUGGCUCCUGGCAGAAAGUCAGGGAUGCCCCUUUUAUCCAGGGACUGUUUGUUUAUCUUCUAGUUGUUGUCUUCUGUUUGAUAAGUACGGCUUCAGCGUUGGCGUAUUUUCACUCCACAAAGCUGGAUUCUGAGUUAGCUCCCCUCACUACAGUGUUUCAGACGUACACAGGCGACAGCCAGGACCCCAACUCUCAAGCUGUGGAUGCUACACAAGAAGAGUUGCAGUGUUGUGGUGUCCAUGGCUACAAAGACUGGCUGAAAACCCCCUGGUUUAACAGAACAGGGGGACUGUUGGUUCCUCAUAGCUGCUGCAACUCAUCCUUCCCCUCAUGCAAUGGCGCAGUGUGGGAGCCUAGGCAGCUUUACUCAAAGGGCUGCAAGGUGAAGCUGGAGUUGGCCAUACAGUUUGUGCUGAGUUUAAUCAUCUGGUGCUUUCCAGUAGUGUUUCUGGUGGAGCUUGCUUUGUUUCUGACUGUGGGACAGCUGAUGAUCAAACAGCCUUUGUUUGGUUAUGAAAUAUUCCACAAAAAGUAAAGACACAAGAUGGGACUGCACUCUUGAGCAGAUAUUACAAUACUUCAUAGACCUACACAAGUAAAACAAAAAUAACUACACUUUAAUGAGUUGUAUGAUACACUAAAUAUGUAACAUGAAAGAUAUAAAAACUACUUUUUAAAAUGUAUUCGUAUUAAUUUUUGUUAGAUUUGCCUUUAAUAAGUGAUAUUAACUAAUUCCUUUAUUAAUGACCUGUAACUGACACCCGUAUUGUGUUAAAUAUUGUGUUAAUAGCAUAACCCACAUUUCUUCUCUUGUAUUUCUUGUGUAUCUUAUACUGUGAUGCCCAUACAUUUAAGCACUUGUUAUAGUAUUGCAAUGUAAAAAGUUUGUGAACACUCUGUACGUAAAACCAAGUCUCAACACAAUGAUUUACUAAUAUUGUACUCUAUUUUCACUUUUGAAAUAAUAAAUAAGCUUCAAUAAAUGACCGUAAAGUGGUGUUACUA